AUGUCCUCCCCCCAAUCUUCGACUAAACGCAAGCGCAGCGGUUCCCAACAUCUUUCCGCCAAUGCCGCCAUUCCAUCCCCUGCAGAACUUUUGCAACCCUCCUCUCGCGAUGCGUCUGGUGAGGAAGGCGACGAGUCCACAGGCUCCGCCAUUCCCUUGCCCAGCAAGCACAAGAAGCAAUCGUCUCUCGAUGUCACCUCUGCCGGCACCGUUCCGCCCACCAAACGGGCCCGCAAGGCGUCCACCAGUGAAGGUCACGUUCCAGCUUCCAAUGGCGAUCUCCCCGACGCACCAUCGGCCCUCAGCAAGGAGGAUCCGGGCGAGCCAUCAGAGACCACCGUGGCCAGCAGUGAUAUCGAGAGUCGGAGCAAGAGCCGGCCGGGCUUGCAGGUAGACACAUCGGAGCCGUUGAUGAGCCCUCCCGCGCGUGCUGGGCUUCAGGACCCCGUCGGUUAUCACACCAACCCUCCGCCAACGGGACGGCCGGUGCGCGUGUAUGCGGACGGCGUGUUUGAUCUGUUCCAUGUGGGACACAUGCGACAGCUGGAACAAGCGAAGAAGGCGUUCCCUGACGUGCAUUUGAUCGUCGGAGUGACCGGAGACGAAGAAACACAUAAGCGCAAGGGACUGACGGUCCUGAGCGGUGCCGAGCGCGCAGAGAGCAUCCGUCAUUGCAGAUGGGUGGAUGAAGUGAUUCCCAAUUGCCCUUGGAUUGUGACGCCGGAAUUCAUCGAUGACCACCAGAUUGAUUACGUUGCGCAUGAUGAUUUACCAUAUGGUGCGGAUGAGGGAGAUGAUAUCUAUGCGCCGAUCAAGGCUCAAGGAAAGUUCUUGGCUACGCAGCGGACAGAGGGUGUGAGUACAACGGGAAUUAUUACCAGAAUUGUUCGCGACUACGACCAGUACAUUUCUCGACAGUUUAAGCGUGGUGCUUCACGACAGGAACUGAACGUGUCAUGGUUGAAGAAAAAUGAGCUGGAGAUCAAGCGUCACGUGAAUGAGCUCCGGGACAGCAUCCGGUCUAACUGGACUACGACAGGCCAAGAAUUGGGUCGGGAGCUGCGUCAGUUCUGGCAAAACAGCCGGCCCAACAGCCCGCUAUCGAGCGCGCGCAACAGCGUGGAUCUGGGCGGCUCGCGCAGCGGUGUCACCAGUCCUGUGCUGGGCAGCAAGGCGCAUGUUUCUCGGGUAGAGGCUCUGGGACGUCCGGAGAGCACAAUCGGCAACGGUCGGAACGAGCCGGACUUUGCAACGGGCUACAGUUUGGGAUUGAUUGGGGGUGUUCGCGCAUGGGUAGGUGCAUAA